UUAGGGUGCCAGUCACUAGGUUAGCAGUCAGCUAGCCGUAGCAGCUGUGAGCUAUGGCUGCUGUUAUCCUGAGUUUCCCAACUCUGCAGGGUCUGAGGAUAUUUACACAAAAACUGUCAUGGACCAAAAAAAGUGUGAGGCUUGUUUCAGGAGGGGUCGGGAGAAUAGAGAAGGUGCUGAUAGCCAAUCGAGGCGAGAUAGCGUGUCGUGUGAUGCGCUCAGCCAAGAAGAUGGGCGUCCGCUCUGUGGCUGUGUACAGUGAAGCUGACAGACACUCCAUGCAUGUGGCCAUGGCAGAUGAAGCCUACCACAUCGGGCCUGCAGCCUCCCAGCAGAGCUACCUCUCCAUGGAGAAAGUUUUGGAGGUGGCCAAGAAGUCUGGAUCUCAUGCGGUCCACCCUGGCUAUGGAUUUCUGUCAGAAAACACAGAGUUUGCAGAGGCGUGUAAACAGGAAGGCAUCAUCUUCAUUGGACCACCUUCCUCUGCCAUCCGAGACAUGGGUAUUAAGAGCACUUCCAAACACAUCAUGUCAGCUGCUGGGGUGCCAAUCAUUGGUGGUUACCAUGGAGAGGACCAAUCAAAUGAGAGGCUGCAAGCAGAGGCUGCCAAGAUCGGCUACCCUGUGAUGAUCAAAGCAGUCCGUGGAGGAGGAGGGAAGGGGAUGCGUAUUUCACGGUCAGACUCAGACUUCUUAGAGCAGUUGGAGUCGGCGAGACGAGAGGGCAGAAAAUCCUUCAACGAUGACGUCAUGCUGGUUGAGAAGUUCGUAGAGGAUCCCAGACAUGUGGAGGUUCAGGUGUUUGGGGACACGCACGGCAACGCUGUGUAUCUGUUUGAGAGGGACUGCAGUGUCCAAAGGAGACAUCAGAAGAUCAUAGAGGAAGCACCAGGGCCUGGCAUUAGUCCUGAGGUUCGGAGGAAACUCGGAGAGGCAGCAGUCAAAGCAGCUAAGGCUGUGAACUAUGUAGGAGCAGGUACGGUAGAGUUUAUAAUGGACGCUCAGCAUAACUUCUACUUCAUGGAGAUGAACACCAGGCUGCAGGUGGAGCAUCCCGUGUCUGAGAUGAUCACUGGCACUGACCUGGUGGAGUGGCAGCUCAGGGUGGCAGCAGGAGAGCGCCUGCCUCUCCUCCAGGAUGACAUCAUCUUGAAUGGGCACUCGUUCGAGGCUCGUAUAUAUGCAGAGGAUCCAAAUAAUGACUUCCUCCCGGGGGCGGGGCCUCUGCUGCAUCUCUCCACCCCUCCAGCGGACCAACACACACGCAUAGAGACUGGAGUCAGAGAAGGGGACGAGGUGUCUGCUCAUUAUGAUCCCAUGAUUGCUAAGCUGGUGGUGUGGGGAGAGGACCGAUCUGCUGCCUUAAAGAAGCUGCGCUACUGCCUACGACAGUACAAUAUCGUGGGUCUGAACACUAACAUAGACUUUUUGCUGAGUCUGUCGGGUCACCCAGAGUUUGAGGCCGGUAAUGUGACCACCAGCUUCAUCCCUCAGCACUACGCUGACCUCUUCCCCACACCGAAGGCUCCCUCUGGGACGACGAUCUGCCAGGCGGCCCUGGGUCUGGUGCUACAGGAGAGGACACACACACAGGACUUCACACAGAUCUCCACCGAUCCCUUCUCUCCGUUUGGCUCCAGCAGCGGGUGGAGACUCAACGUCCAGUUUAACAGAAACAUGACGCUACAGCUGGGAGAUAAGAAAGUUCCUGUGGUCGUUAUAUACAACAAAGAUGGAAGCUACACUAUGCAGGUUGGUGAGGAGUCGUACCAUGUGACUGGGGAGCUGGAGAUGGAGGGCGGAGCUUCAUUCCUGCACUGCUCCGUUAAUGGAGUGAAGUCUCGUCCCAAACUGGUGAUCCUAGACAACACGGUGCACCUGUUCUCCACGGAGGGGAGCGCCGAGGUGUCUAUUCCCGUGCCCAAGUAUCUGGCUGGUGUGAGCGGCUCCGGGGCUCAGGGUGGAGCGGUGGCUCCCAUGACUGGAACCAUAGAGAAGGUGCUGGUGAAGGCAGGAGACAAAGUGAGCGUCGGAGACCCACUGAUGGUCAUGAUCGCCAUGAAGAUGGAGCACACGAUCCGGGCGCCCAAGUCAGGCGUGAUCAAGAAGGUUUUCUUCAGCGAGGGCUCUCAGGCCAAUCGCCACGCUGCUCUGGUGGAACUGGAGGAGGAGGAAGGGGAGGAUAAUGGGGACGGUGGCCAGUAAUCGCAAUUAAACACAUAAUCAAACUCACAAAAAAACA